AACCAGCUCCAGCCUGACAAACGGAACGGAUCGGUAAUUCAUUGUGACGAAAAUAGGGGUAGAGAAUAACAGCUCAACGGCAAAACAUCGCUUCGAAAUUGAAUCGAAAGGCAGUGUAGUACGGGAGUGCGCGUUUGUUGGCCAGAUGAGUAAUGUCUGCUUAAUUUAAUGUGUUUGCUCGCUGUAAACGUAUCAACUGGCGUUAUUUUGCGUUGUAUUUGCGAUUAAAACGAGCGCUUUUGGUGAAGUGAACCGAGUGGAAAACAAAAAAAGGGAAAACAACCCUUUCCCAGCUCCCGUUUUUUUUCGUAAGGACAAAGAGGAGAAUUCCCGAAACUCCCAGCCUGGCGUGGUGGUGAUGAUUGUAUUGGUGAAACUCCUCUGUCCGACUUCGCUAAACUAAAGUAAGCUGGAAAAAGUAAGAUUCGCUUAAUGCGCAGCAGAAGGCAACAUAUUGUGGGUUUCGGUACGUGCAGAUAGUGUACCAGCUGUUUACAUUGUCCGUCGCAUCGUCCAGGAAUCGCCCUCAUAUUGGUCGGAAAAUUGUCGCAUAAUUUGUCGAAAAAGAAGUCUCUUUUCUGUAAAGUGUUAACUAAAUAUUGCAAUCGUUUGAACGUAUCGUGACGCGUUGGAAAAUUUCGAGUCGGGAAGUUUCAACGCGGAUCGCUGGGCUGGCUGACGAAAAAGGCCUGCGCCAUUACGUUGUAAACAAAGCGUUCGUCGUACGUACGUGGUGUUGCGUUUCACGGAAGGUGCGUCCCUGCGUCGGUGUGUGUGUGAGAGGGCGCGCGCGCGUUCGCUGUGUGUAGUCGACACGGGGUAGUCGCUUUUGUCUUUCCAGCGCGGUGCGAGUGUGUGCGUGCGCUGUGGUGCUCGAAGUGGUCCGAGUUUGUUGUUUUCUCAGUGCCUACGUGACGUAGCGCGCGCGAACGCUUUGGUGUGGAGAAAAUACGUCGAAGUACCGUCGCGCGUUCUUUGUUUACAAAACAGCAGCAUCACCGGAGGUGCGAGAAACUGCGGAACAUUUGUCCAACAUUUCGUGUGUGUUUGUGUGCAGGAGUUGGGAGUGUUGCAGCAGGCAGGAGUAAAGUAAACAAGAGGCGAAUUUACAUCCCUUUUUCCCGUGUUGGAGCCAGCGAGAAUGUUCCGCACGAUAAAUCUGUCCAGCGAUAAAAGCAGUCUGAUCAGCAGCGGCAGCAAAGCGGCAAUGACCACAUCAUCCACCAGCAGCGCGCUCGGGAAGAUGGGCCCGGAGGAGCUAGGAGAGUCUUGGAUCGAACUGUCAUCCAACACGAGUCCGAACGGAGCGGGACUAACAGGAAUGGCAAGCUCGGGCAUUAGCAACACCGGCGGUGGCGUUAACAAUCUCGUCCUCACCGGCGCCUCCACCACGCUCGCCGGCACUACCGUUGGAACGAAGAGUCCCGACCGGAUCCCGGUGGCUGCACCGUUGGCGUUUGCCUCGGUCGAGGAGUACAUAAGACUGCUGCGGGAGGCUCAGCGCGAGUCCAAGGAAUCGAGCCGGGUAGCAUCGUUGACGAGUUCGCGCAAAAACUCACCCCGUGGAAGCCCCAAAUCACCUCCGAACAGCCCAAACACCGAGCUGGCCGCCACCGAGGAAGAUCUCCGGAAUGUUUACAUCAACUACGUCAACAAGGAUGGUGAUAUAGUGAAGGAUACCGACUGGGUAUGGGAUUGGAGCAGCCGUCCAGAUCAGCAACCCCCAAAGGACUGGAAAUUUGAACAUCCCAACCAAACGCAGGAAGAGCGCAACAAACCGAUACACGCCGGCUACUCAAUACGGCAGGUCCGCGUUGGGAAGAAUUCUCUGUUCUCGAGAGAAUUUUUGUACUCCAUCGUACUGACGAACGUAUUAUCGCUUCUGCUCGGUGCAGGCAUCGGCGCUUGGCUACAAAAACGAGGACUGUUGCUAACCCGCAUCUCUAUCGAGUAAACGGGAUGUCCCGAAACCCAAUUGUGGAAGCCGUAGUAGCUCUUGUGUUAGAGUUGUCCCCUCAGCCCCGGUUCGUCGUGUACGGCACGAUAGAAUCAACCGUUUUCGCCCAAAAUUGGCUUCUAGAAAUCCCGGCAGCAUCACGCGACACACACACACGCGAUCUUUAAAGACUGUGUGAAUGUGUGUGUGUGUGUGUGUGAGUGCAGUAGUAGAACAACGCAUUUAUUUUGUAUCGCAUUGAAGAAGCAGUAGAGGAGAUGGAUGGUUUUAGACAAAAUUUGGGGGCUACGGAAAAAUGGGUUGGGGAAAGCGAGAUUCGAGAGCCGGCAAACGACUGACGAAUGGGCCAAAAAUUGUAGCCGUGUGAGGUGUGCGUGUGUGCGUAUGGGAGUAGAACGAUCAAGCCGGUAACGCACUUCUGCAGGACGUGGAAGAAGAAUCUUAUGGUAGAGAGGAAAAAAAGUGUGAUCCAAUCAAAAAACGCUGAUGAUUUAGAACAUGUUUAGCUAGGAGAUGGACGAGAGGAAGGGCGAGAGGCACAUGGCGGGAGAAAGGAACCGGACACUAGGUGGGACCGGGCAUUCAUUUCACAUUAAAUCUUUUCUCAUCGUAGGAUACAGCAGCAGCAGUAGCACAGGAGGAAUAUCGAACCGAUUUUAAGGAAACAGUCCAACGUAUUUCUUUCGAUAGGGUUUAAGGCUGGAAAGGAAUGAUGUGUGGCAGUAAUAUCCUGCAGAGGAUGACGGAGGUUAGAAAGUGGGGGAAAAGAGUUAGGUUUAGGCAGAACAAUUCUGAAAAAACACAAGGACGAGAUUAUACAGAGAGAGAGAGAGAGCUAAAAGGAGAAAAAGAGUAGUUAGCUGCACCUUAUCCGAGGGAGUGUGUGUGUGUGUGCUUGUAAUCAUCAAGGGAACAAACAGUAAGAUUUCUAGUACGCGAUUUCCGUGCGAAGGUAGUAGAUUUGAUACACGAAGGCAGGGAUAUGAGAGAUGCGGAGGGGGCGAAGCAAUGUAAUCCAUUCGAGUAAAUUCCAUUUUUUCUUAUAGCCUUGUAGCCGGCAGUUUUUAGACGUAGUUGGUGGUGUCCGUGAGUCUCACGCGUACCCAACGACGUGUGCUUAAACAGUUUACCUACUACCAGGCCAAGAAGAUUAGCAUUAAGAGGGAAGCGUUAAAAAAAGAUCCAGGACACAGGCAGACACGGUCGUGAUAAGGGAUAGGAAAGCUUUUUUAAUCUUUUCAUAAAUUUUGUAUCCAUUUUGUUAUACUUUUCAAAUAACCACUCGUUUUUUUAUAAAUGUAAUUGCUUUAUAGGUUUUAUAAUAUCCACACAAGAGCGUUUGGUCGUAUACGUAAUUUUGAAUUUGAAAAACGUUGCAAAAGCGCCACCUAGCGUGUACGAUACUAACUAUCCACCCGAGACACAGUUCGCAAUCGUGCGCCAUCUAGCGUCUGUUUUACAAAGCUAGAAGUGCUAGAUUCGAGCUUGGUGGGUUGCUUUUAAUUUGCGAACAAAAUUCGAGUGCGUGUACGAUUUAAAUUUAACCUUUUUACUUAUUCAUCACGGUUAGACAAUAUUGAUUAAUAUUUAUGCUUGAUUUGCGCUUGAGUUGAUGCUGUUAGUAGCUUUGUUUGCCACCCUUCUUUGUCCCUUUUGUUCCGCGUAUUUCGUUCACUCAAAUCUACAUUCACUAACACACAUUUGAAUGCUUCCCCCGCCCGAAUUGAAUGUAACGUCCUCGUUUGCAUCCCGACACGUGAGCGUCCUCCAAGUCCUUUGAUGACCAUUUGUGGAAGGAACUGGUUGGCUGGAAUUGGCUGAAAAGGGAAACGCUCUACACUAAUUGGUAUUUGUAAUUCAACGACCAUUACUUUGUAUUAUUCCAUAAGCAUUAUACACAUGAAAUAAUGAAAUAAAUAAGAAAAAACGGAAA